CGGUCAAGAACCGCCUCUCUUCCUCUUCCACUCCCUUCCAGACUCCCCCCUCCUUUCCUUCUUCUUUGGUCAGCCGGCCACAUUCCCUGCUACCUUUCACCCACGAGAAAUACCGUUCUGACAGCAAAGCAGUCCGGACAACCCCCGGGACAACAUGGCAUCAGGUGUGACAGUGAAUGAUGAAGUCAUCAGGGUGUUCAAUGACAUGAAGGUCAGGAAGUCUUCAACCCAGGAUGAGGUGAAGAAGAGGAAGAAGGCGGUGUUGUUCUGUCUGAGUGACGACAAGAAGACGAUCAUCGUGGAAGAGGGAAAGCAGAUCCUGGUGGGGGACAUCGGCGACACAGUGGAAGACCCCUACGCCAGCUUUGUCAAACUCCUCCCACCCAAUGAUUGUAGAUAUGCUCUGUAUGAUGCCACCUACGAGACCAAGGAGUCCAAGAAGGAGGACCUGGUUUUCCUCUUCUGGGCUCCAGAGAGCGCUCCACUGAAGAGCAAGAUGAUUUAUGCCAGCUCUAAAGAUGCCAUUAAAAAGAAGUUUACAGGUAUCAAACACGAGUGGCAGGCAAAUGGGCUGGAUGACAUCCAGGACUUUCGCACACUGGCUGAGAAGCUGGGCGGAAACACGGUGGUGUCUCUGGAGGGCAAGCAGCUGUGAUGUCUCGGCGACAAACUGAGCAGAGCCAAGCCAACCGCCGUGCCAUCCAGACUGAAGCACCUGACCCCACCUGAACACCACUGCUUCACCCAGCAGCUUGCUCUGUCUGUAUCAAUGUCCUGAAGGAGUUAGCAUCUUUAGGCCUCUUUGUUUUUCUUUUGGUUUUUGUUCUUUUUACUUUUUCCCUCCCCUGACAUUAAGAAGAUCUCAUUAACAUAAUGAUAUGCAAACACCUCCCAGUUUGUUGCCACAUGACUUCUGUUCACCUUUCAGAAACAAACAAGAGAUGACACUACCAAACCACAGGAAAGGCUGUCUCUCUCACACAGCCAGUUUUGCCAAAAAGUGAAAGACGCAGCCACGUGUGUUGAAAGCGAGCGUUGCGCCUCCAACAGCACACAGGUCACACUCACCAUGCUUUUUUUGACUUUAUUUAUUAUUAUAAAGUGUUUUUUCUCUCUCUCCAGUAUGUUUCAGCCAGACAGACACUGUUAGACUAUGCAUUCAGAAAAGAUUACCCAGCACUUUCUGUUGAAACACUACAGGUUAAGACAGCAAAGAUCCUGCAUUAAAUUCUCUGUAUUUAUGUCUCCAAGAUAAUUUGUUUACCUCAGCUUUCAUUUUUGUUGGACUCACUACUUUCUAGUUUUGGUCAUCGCCUUACUUUCAGUUUGAAUGUAACUGUCACACCAGAGUUAGAGUGCACUUUUAUUUUGUAAAGAAACACUAAAGGAUGCAGAUUUGACCCCAGCAGUGAGAGACUACCCCACAACAACACGACAUUUGGAGCCUUAAAGUGGAACGUUGUUUCUGAGAUCAAAGGAAGCCACUUUGCAAUAAAAGCCUGUGGCAGAACUGA